CGUACGUAUCCCUCGACGGCUCUUACCGCAGGACAGAUUUUGUGGACCGAAGUCGUUCUGCCCACCAAUUGCGGGCACUAGCCUCCGGCAGAGCCUACAAUAUUUCUGUCUUUUCAGUCAAACGCAACGUGAACAACAAGAAUGAUAUCAGCAGGCCCGUCAUGCUCACCACACGCACUAGACCGCGUCCGGUGGAAGGCUUUGAGAUCACGAACGUGACAGCCAGUGCCAUCACGGUGCAAUGGGCUCUCCACCGGCUCAAGCACUCCACUGUCAGUAGGGUGCGUGUCUCCAUCCGCCAGCCGGGGGACCUGGCAGACCGCACCGUGGAGCUGAACAGCAGCGUGGCCAAGUACACCUUCCUGGACCUGCAGCCAGGAGAGAGGUACAUUGUCCAUGUCACGACACUGAGCGGCGUGGGGACAGAAGACCACCUCUCGGAGAGUCUGGCCACGGCCACCCUCCACCCAUUGACAGGGCCUCUUCCCCCCCAGAACCUCACUGCCUCCCGUGUCACCACCACCUCCGUGUCCAUGGUGUGGGAGCAGCCACCUGCUGGCGCCGUCGAGGGGUACAUCAUCAAUGUCACCACCGCUCAGAGUGUGAAGAGCCGCUACGUACCCAAUGGGAAGCUCGUGUCCUACACGGUGCGAGACCUGCUGCCUGGGCAGCGGUACCGCCUGUCCGUCACGGCUGUGCAGAACACAGAGCAAGGCCAAGUGCACAGUGAGCCCAUCUACCUCUACGUCACCACCUUGCAGAGGGAUGGGGCUCUGGAGAGACGGUGGAGCCAAGCUGGACACCCCCGGGUCCUGCGCAACAGGCUGCCUCCAGCUUUCCUGCCUGAGCUCCGCUUGCUAGCAGAUCACAAUGCAGCUGAGGAACCCUCACCAGCCCCCAGGUUCACCGAGCUGGUGGAUGGCAGAGGGAGGAUCAGUGCCAGGUUCGGCAAAUCCAUCACCAUGAAGACACGUGAGGGGCAGAACUGCUCCACAAACCCCUGCAGGAAUGGAGGCACCUGCACCAGAGACAUCAAGUCCUACCACUGCAGCUGCCGCCCAGGGUUCAAGGGCCGGCUCUGUGAGCUGGCCUGCAAGAAGGUGCCACACUCGUGCACGCGGCUGUACUCGGAAACCAAGUCAUUCCCUGUGUGGGAAGGAGGUACCUGCCACUACCUGUACAGAAGAGUCUACAAGGUACACCAGGAUGUCUGCUACAAGGAGAGCUGCAAGAGCAGCGGUUCCGAGAAGACAACCAGCAGAAAACCGAGCACCAGUCACACACUGAAGAAGUCCUAG